AUGGAAAGACACUUUAAGAGAAAUAUUGCGCGAAAGAUUGCCGCUGCUAUCCAAAAACAACGGAAAGAUGAUGAGAACGAUCAAGAAAAGGCACACGCACGCUUGAUUAGGGAUGGCAAAAGAAUCUGCGCCUCCAUCGCGAAAAUGGUUCGCGAUUUCUGGCAAAGUGUGGACAAAGUCGUUGAGCAUCGAGCACAGUUACCUCCGGAAUAUCUGGCUGCAAUAGGAGUCCAGUUACCAUCAAGCAAUACUACUAACUCUGCUCCAGCUGCCGAAUCUCCAGCCGAUUCGGAAGGAGAGGAUGAUGACAAGACUCUGGAGGAGAUCCAGCUUGCAGCAAAGGCGCGGAAAGCGAGUGAGGAAGCUAGCGAAGAAACGAGGGCAAAGCGUCCGAAACUCGAAGAAGCAUCGGAUGAGGACAGCAACGCUACGAAAAGCAACGAUGUACCACCUACCACGUCUUCUGGAGAAACAAAUAAGACUAACGAGGACGAAGAAAUGAGUGUGGAUGAAGACGAGUCAGAAACUGUAGAAGAACAUACAGGGAGUGUAGAGGGCAACGGUGAUGGUCGAGGAAUGUUGGAAAGUAUAGACUACGCCAAGCUGAACAGCGUUAAUAGCGAUGAACGGCAACAAGAACUAGCGAACAUUGCUGAAGCUGCGCUGAAGUUUCAGCCGAAAGGAUUCACUCUGGAAACUACACAGGUCAAAACAGCGGUGCCUUUCUUGAUCAGGGGAACUCUUCGAGAAUAUCAAAUGGUAGGGUUAGACUGGCUGGUCACUUUAUAUGAGAAGAAUCUCAACGGAAUUUUGGCAGACGAAAUGGGUCUGGGAAAGACUAUCCAAACAAUUUCUUUACUGGCUCAUCUUGCGUGCUGUGAAUCCAUUUGGGGUCCUCAUCUCAUCAUCGUGCCAACGUCGGUCAUUCUGAAUUGGGAGAUGGAACUCAAAAAAUGGUGUCCAGCGUUCAAAAUUUUGACCUAUUUUGGGGCGCAAAAAGACCGAGCAGAGAAACGAAAAGGCUGGUCAAAGCCGAAUGCAUUCCACGUUUGUAUAACAUCUUAUAAAACUGUCACCACAGAUAUCAGGGCGUUCAAAAUGAAGUCUUGGCAAUAUCUCAUACUGGAUGAGGCGCAGAACAUCAAGAACUGGAAGAGCCAGAGAUGGCAGGCAUUGUUGAAUGUGAAAGCUAGACGACGGUUGCUUUUGACAGGCACUCCAUUGCAAAAUUCGCUUAUGGAGCUUUGGUCCCUGAUGCAUUUUUUGAUGCCAGCCAUUUUUGCCAGUCAUGACGAUUUCAAGGAUUGGUUCAGCAACCCUCUCACUGGGAUGAUGGAUGGAAGUGUGGAGUUUAAUGCCCCUUUAGUGCAGCAGCUGCAUAAGGUGUUACGACCUUUCAUCCUUCGGAGGUUAAAAAGUGAAGUAGAAAAGCAACUCCCGAAAAAGACAGAGCAUGUUAUCAAAUGCCAACUUUCCAAAAGGCAAAGAUACUUGUAUGACGAUUUUAUGAGUCAACGGAGUACUCGGGACAAUCUGAAGUCAGGCAAUAUGCUUUCUGUGCUUAAUAUCGUCAUGCAGUUGAGAAAGUGUUGCAACCAUCCGAACCUCUUCGAACCCCGCGCGGUCCAGUCACCGCUAUGUCUGCAUCAUCUACGGUUCACAUGCCCAGGAUUGAUAUUGGAUCUGGAUGACAAGGAAUUCGGUCGCGAUAUUCCAACAUUUUUCGACUUGCGAAAGCGAUUUACUGGUGUGAGCUCAGCAACGCUUUGGUCGCUGAUGCAUUUUUUGAUGCCAGCAAUCUUUGCCAGUCAUGACGAUUUCAAGGAUUGGUUUAGCAACCCUCUUACUGGAAUGAUGGAUGGGAGUGUGGAGUUUAAUGCCCCUUUAGUGCAGCAACUGCAUAAGAGUGAAGUUGAAAAGCAACUCCCGAAGAAGACUGAGCAUGUUAUCAAAUGUCAACUGUCUAAAAGGCAGAGGUAUUUGUAUGAUGACUUUAUGAGUCAACGAAGUACUCGGGACAACCUGAAGUCGGGAAAUAUGCUUUCUGUACUUAAUAUCGUCAUGCAGUUGAGAAAGUGUUGCAAUCAUCCAAAUCUCUUCGAACCGCGCGCAGUUCAAUCACCGUUGUGUCUACAUCAUUUACGGUUUACAAGCCCAGGAUUGAUAUUGGAUCUGGAUAACAAGGAGUUUGGCCGUGAUCUUCCAUCAUUUUUCGAUUUGCGAAAGCAAUUCACUGGUGUGAGCUCAGCAACGGAAUUGGCUGAAUCAGAUGAUACACCUCCUCCUGUUGUUGAGGGAUUUCGGCUGCACAGGCCUAUUAGCAGUGGAACGGGUAUGGCCAGCACAGCUCUUUCACCAGAAGUUGCAUCCGUAGUCGAUGUAAGCGCAGCCGAAUUGCAGAAAGCCGGUUUUGCUCAGGAUGAAAUGGUGCUGGUUGUGCGAGAUGGAGACGACCUUGAAAGCAUUCUUGGAAAUAGUGGA